UGAAAUGAUAUGAUACAAAACCCGCACACAAAUCUUUCCUCCAUACCAUGUCCAUGUCCAUGUCCUUCUCUUCCCAUUCCAUGCCAUGGAUUUGUGAAAGUAUCAUCAACUAGUUAUAGUUGUUGCAUAAUGCAUUAGUAACUGUGUAACAUUACUUAUCUUCAAUGUUCAUUCAUGCUGUUCACACCAACAACACAACACCGCACCGCACGUUAACUAACCCAACCAAACCAACUUUCUCGUAACUCUCAAAACUCCUCAAACCAUAUUCAAUAUUUUCACACCAAGACCAAGAGAGAGAAAAAAAUGGAACAUAACAACAACAACAACAACAUGUCUUCUUCACAAGACGAAAUCUCUCUUUUUCUUCAUCAAAUUCUUCUCCGUUCAUCUUCAUCUUCUUCCAUGCCAGGAUCCAUUAACCAGCUUCAAGAUGGAAAGAUCUCAGCCCUUGAUUCAACUUCUAGAUCAAACCAUGCUAUAAAUGUCACUUCCUCUUCUGUUGGAGCAGGAGGAGGACUCAGUGGUAAUGACACUGAUGAAUAUGACUGUGAAAGUGAGGAGGGUGUUGAAGCAUUGAUUGAAGAAGUUCCAACAAAGUCAGUUGGUGCUUCUAGGAGUUCUUCAAAAAGAAGUAGAGCAGCUGAAGUUCAUAAUUUGUCAGAAAAGAGAAGAAGGAGUAGGAUCAAUGAGAAAAUGAAAGCUUUACAAAAUCUAAUUCCAAAUUCUAACAAGACUGAUAAAGCUUCAAUGCUAGAUGAAGCUAUUGAAUACCUUAAACAGCUUCAGCUCCAAGUACAGAUGCUGUCAUUGAGAAAUGGAUUGAGUUUGCAUCCUAUGUACUUUCAUGAAGGCUUGCAUUCUCUGCCUUUGUCUCGGAUGAGUACGGAGUUGAGUGAAGGAAACGGUUCUAAUCCUUUAAAUAUGACAUCUACUCUGCCUCAUCCCCAAGACAACCCCUUGCUCUAUCCAUCAAAUCUACCAAACAAAAACACAUUGCCGAGUCAGCCAUCAAUGUCUUCCUAUCCUUCAUAUAUUAACGACACGGAAACUUCUUUCGGGGUGGAAUCUGGAAUCCCAGCACAGAAAGAACGUCUUCAACGAUCUUCAGAGCCAAUGCACGGCGAAGACUUGUUGCAGCACCAGCAAUUGAAUGCAAUAAAUUCUUUUACCAAUCUAUUAGGUGGUUCUCAAGUUGUCAAAGAAUUUCAGUCGGGCGCAAUGGCUACAUCUACUACUAACAAUACUUUGCAAACUUGUGUCGCUGGAAGAGAUCAGUCAGGAGUGGUCAUGAGAAAUAGCGAGCCCAACAUUAUAUUUACAUCGCAGUUAAGUAGGUAAAUGGUAUAUGAUGCACGCCAAGAUUAGAUGACAAAAAAAAAAAAAAUCAGAUUUUGAAGUUUGUCGCGCUUCAAAAUACGUAUUUUUAAUUUUACUUGCCUCAUACACAUAGGAAUCCCUUAAGCAUUUUGUGGUGUUGGUAAGUGGUAACAAGCCUCUGGCCUAUUUGACUUGGAGGAUGAGUUUACAUACCCAAUUUCUAAAGUUAGUAAAUUAUCUAUAAUGUAUGCAGACAAUAUAACUACUAAUUGUUGUGCUGGGUAUAUAAGCACCCUUCUGCGAUGAUUUCAGCUUAAGAUAAUGUUUAUUGAUGUGUGGACAACAAAAAUGAUGUCAAAAUAACAUUUGUCGAAGUACUUGGGAAGAAGACUUUAUGGGAUACUAUUGUAUUGUUAGAUGCAGACAAAAAAUUGGAACUUGUAAAAGAAUUAAUGUUGAAAAUCUUGACCAAGAUUAUUGUUUUUAUUUUA